CUGCCACUCUGCAGCGCUAAACCAGUCAAAAGAGAGAUAAUGAUGGCCGCUUAGAUCGGAUUAAAAGCGCAAUGUUUGCGUGCUAUGUUUUAUGUGAUUUUUGAUAUCUUGUUUGAGAACCGCAAAAAAAGUUGAUUGUCUUUCAAAAGGGCAACUAACAGCUCCCCCGUACGAAAUCAUUCGGCCACUUCAGCCUGUAAGCGCUAGCCAUUACAGUCUGCAUGUUUAACUUCAGCGACCCUUUUAACUGGAGGCGGAACAGCAAACAUGCUCUUACAAGGUCAAGAUCCAGCUGAGAGGCCUGGUGCUCUCCGGACCAAGACCCCCCCUCUUCCCAGGGGCGAUGGGUGAAGAGGAGCAGACGAGUGGGGAGCCCGGGAGUCCCGCUCUGGAGGAGGAUGGACUGCAGGUCCCGUUCCAGGUUUUGCACGGUGAGUGUGUGGAGUACUUGGGAAAGGCAGAGGGGGCCGUCGUCGCCUUGUCCACCUACCGUCUCCACCUCAAGUUCAAAGACAGCAUCAUAAACGUUCCUUUGCAGCUAAUUGAGAGUGUGGAAUGUCGGGACUUGGUCCAGCUGCAUCUCACCUGUAAAGACUGCAAGGUUAUCAGGUGCCAGUUCGGCACGUCGGAGCAGGCCCAGGACUGGCAGCAGCGGCUGGCAGCGGUGAUGCGCCCGCCGGUGCGGCUGGAGGAGCUCUUCGCAUUCGCCUUCCACGCCUGUGGGCAAGGCCUGCACGAGGAGAUCUGCCGUGCCGGCAAGCACAUGAGGAGCCGGUUUAAAGGUGAGGAGCACAGAAUGGGCUUCGACUCUCAGAGUGGCUGGAGAAUCUCCAACAUCAACGAGAACUUCAGACUUUGUGCCAGUUACCCUGAGCACCUUCUGGUGCCUAGCUGGGUCACAGACAAAGAGUUAGAAAAUGUGGCAACAUUCCGAUCAUGGAAGAGGAUUCCAGCAGUUGUUUACAGACAUCAGAACACAGGUGCUGUGAUUGGUCGAUGUGGGCAGCCCGAGGUGAGCUGGUGGGGUUGGCGGAAUGCAGAUGAUGAGCAUUUGGUACAGUCCAUCGCUAAGGCCUGCGCCAUGGACACCGCAGCGGUUAAAACUCUGAGCAACGGCUCCUGUGUCUACCUCCACACCGGCAAUUCUCACAGCGGCUCGGAUCCUGAGAUAACCAAUGGCAAUGAGGAAGUAGAACCAACCGCCACGCCUCUUCGGAAGCUGCUGAUCUUGGACGCUAGAUCCUACGCUGCUGCCGUUGCCAAUCGGGCCAAAGGAGGCGGCUGUGAAUGUCCAGAGUACUACCCAAACUGUGAGGUGAUGUUUAUGGGAAUGGCCAACAUCCACGCCAUCCGGAGGAGCUUCCAGUGCUUGCGGGCGCUCUGUGCCCAAGGGCCCGACCCUGCCAACUGGCUGUCUGCCUUAGAGGGCACCAAAUGGCUGCAGCACCUGUCUCUGCUGCUGAAGGCAGCCCUGCUGGUGGUGACCGCCGUGCAGCGUGACCACCGGCCCGUGCUGGUGCACUGCUCUGACGGCUGGGACCGCACGCCUCAGAUCGUGGCCCUGUCCAAACUGCUGCUCGACCCCUACUACAGGACCAUGAAGGGCUUCCAGGUGCUGGUGGAGACGGAGUGGCUGGAUUUCGGCCACAAGUUCGCCGACCGCUGCGGCCACGGCGAGAACGCGGAGGACGUGAACGAGCGCUGUCCCGUCUUCCUGCAGUGGCUGGACUGCGUGCACCAGCUGCAGAGGCAGUUCCCCUGCUCCUUUCAGUUCAACGAAGCCUUCCUGGUGAAGCUGGUCCAGCACACCUACUCCUGUCUGUUCGGGACGUUCCUGUGUAACAGCGGCAAGGACCGCGAGGAGCGGCGUGUGUCAGAGAAGACCUGCUCCGUCUGGUCCCUGCUUCAGCCUGCCAACAGGGCCUUCCACAACAUCCUGUACUCGCCCCACUCGGAGACGGUGCUCCACCCGGUGUGUCACGUACGGAACCUGAUGCUCUGGAGUGCUGUCUACCUGCCUAACUCCGCCCCUUCCAUGCCCUGCGAGGAAUCAUGUGCUUCUAACCCCGCCCCUUCAACCUCACCUGAAGAUGUGCCUUCGGGGAGACUGCCAAAGACUCGUUCCUAUGACAACCUGCCGACAGCUUUUGAGGGAACGAGUCCUGCACCUUCAAACCGGCGCUGCAGUGACCCCAACCUCAAGGAGAAACGGGACGACCGCCUCCACUCGGUGGCAGUAACUGUAGCAGUAGAAGCCAAUGGGGACCUUAAGAAAUCAAACAUGGGCAAUCAGAACACCCAACGUCCCGAAAUGGGGACUGGAUUGGACGAGAGUCUACAGGAGGAGGGACUACUUUAUGACGUGGAGUAUAAUGACUCUAAAACAGUAAAUGGGAGUGUUUCAGUCGAUCAGUUCAGGACUGAGGAAGACGGUGGAUGGGAUGCGUCCCUUUCCACUUCUGACCCCACCCACCAAGCUGGAACCACACCUUCCCUCUUAGAGUUGCCCAACACUGUGCCUGAACAGAAUGACCCAGUGAGUGCUCUGGGAACUGAGGAAGCACUGGAACUUUGCACCGAGGAAUCAUUCACCUCCAUUUUCUCUUCACCCACCCAGCUUGGCUUCCUUGCCAAUGGCCAUACAGCAGUGGAGGAAAUAUCUGCUGAGAAGCCUUUUCCUCCAGGUAACAACCCCAACCCCUGCUUGCCCGCUGCUCCACAACCUGACGUUAAAUCCACACUGCAGAGCUCCACAGAGACGUUAACUGAGGAGUGCCUCCCCCCGUCACCUACACCCCACCUGCCAACACCACCCGCUCCCAACACCCCCAGCCCAUGCCAGUCCAAUCAUUCCCCCAUCCGCUUGCCUUCCCAGUGUGCCUUGCAACCUGCAUCCCCACAAUCAGCCAGUCACGAAGGCUCUGUGUGCAACGGGGACGCUCCGCGCGUCAACGGCUUCGUUGACGCGAAAUGCUACCAGGCUCCCCGCAGCCGCCAGGCAUCUGUGACCAGUGGCGGCUCGCCGACGUUGCCCCAGCAACCCCCACCGGGCCGUUCUGGGCGAGGGCCGGGCGCGUCGGGCCACCUGGAGGAGGAUGGGCUGAGCGUGCACAGCGACGCGGUGCAGGUGCGCCUCCGGCAGAUGGAGGCGGGGCAUCAGCUGCAGGUGGAGACGCUGAGAAGGCAGGUUCACGCGCUGUGGAGCCAACUGCACGUCAGCGGAGAGCUGACGCCGGUACCGGACCAGGAGAAUAACGUGGAGGCUGCGUGUCUCGCUCGCUGCAGCACUGAGCUUUACUCCCAGAGCAGCUGGGAACAGGACGAGCAGCACGACAAGCAGGCAACAGCGUGGUAUCACGAUCAUCUGUCAACUCACUGCUACCGCUGUGAGAACAAGUUUUGGCUGGCUGCUAGAAAACAUCAGUGCAGUGCCAGAGAACCUGUUGAGGAAGCCUGGAACUGUGGGAACGUGUUCUGCGCCAGCUGCUGUGACCAGAAGGUGGCGGCGGCGAGCCAGCAGCUGUAUGAACCCAACCGCGCUUGCCAGGCAUGUUACGGGCGCCUGCGCCCCGCUGAGCUGGAACUGGAGAAGCCCAUUACGGCCAGCUCCAACUGAUAGAUGGCCUUUACACAUGCUGAUCCAGAGCCAUGCAGCCCUAUAGAAACUGUAACCAAAUUCAUUUAUAUAAAAACCCCAUAGAUUAGUGACAGUAUAACCACAGACACCACUGGAACUGUCCUCCUUUAGUUUCAACCAUAAGAAAUUUAGACUGAAGUGGUGGAAAGAGAACUUAUCAACAAAGAGGUCACAAAUUCAAAUCCCAUACUGGGGCAUAAUUAGUGUAAUUUAUUAUUAACAGUAGGACACAGUUUAGUGAUCUUUAAUUCCUGACAGUUGGAUUAGAGGUCGUUUUUGUCAUGCUGUGCAGGCCUUUAAAAUGCAUCCAGUGCUGGGUAUCUGAGCCGCGAGAGACUCCUGCGCAGUGACUGCAUAUUUGAACUGCACUCAUGUGAAUGAUAUUUGUGUAUAUUUAAUGCCAUGUGUACAGUCAAAGGUGAGUGCAGUGUAUGUGAUGAAGGUAAACUCUUGGAUUUGAUUGAUGGACUCUGAGAUUUAAAAACCGUUUUGGAUUUUGAGCGAUGAGGGUUGUUUUGUUUUUUUUUGCUGGACAGCAAAUUGGAAUACACAGAGGUAGCCCAGCCACUUGGAGUCACAGUGAGACGAACAGGAGCAGAUCUUGUGUAUGGCUCGCGAAUGUCUCAAAUGUGUUUCGUGUCACUUUGCUACCCGUAGGAGGCCCGAUGUGCGUGUGUGUGGGUGUAAACCCUCCCCCCCCCCUUUCCCUGUGCUGCUGAAGAUGCUUUUUGGAUUCUGCAGAGCUCUGAGACAUUUGGGAGAAUGAAAUAAAAGCACAACCCACUGCCAAGCCCAA